CUUGUUACUACUAAUCAGUAUCUCUUUAAUACAGCGAUCCAUUUCGGAGUCGACGACGGGCCUCGAUCGCACCUUUACCCGCAUUACGUCUCAACAGCAAAGAGAUGCUUGCCAGUGAUUUUGACACCCACAGCGUGGCUAGUAACCAGGCCUCGAUCACCAGCGUCAACUCUUUGGCGAGUUUACUGCGAGAAAAAAUGAAUGCAUUUCCGCAAAUGAUUCGUAAAAAGAAACGCGAAACCAAAGACUACAAAAUCAAGAUUUUUGUCACCAUACUUUUUUUCAUAAUUGUAUUUUUGAUCGGAUAUUCUUACAUCACCUAUCAUCGAGAGAUUUUAACGCGUUCGUAUUUCGAUAAAAUCAAAUUUAGUUCAGUGGAUCGUACUUUCAGUAUUUUAAGCCACGAGGAGAAGGAGGUGAUAAGAGGUCAGUUGGGUCUCUCCAUAAGUUCGGACAGUGUUCCAUUUUAUUGCCUAGAAGACCAGCGCAAGCAUGAUGGCAGCGUUUGUUUGGAGUGGAAUGGCAUAGCGCGACUUUACAUGAAUUUUCAAAAUAUGAAUGUGUUUCGAUGCUAUAAUAUACAGUGGCAAGCAUUGGGUUCGGGUAUUUACCCAACGGACUGCUACGAGUUAAAGCGGGACAACGGGCUUUGGUUCGGUGGCGGUUUUACGAAGGGUAUGGAGUGGUCUCUUAGCUCGGCAAACUUUGAUUAUGCUCCAUUUGCCAGUGGAGAUGCUAAGGUCCAUCAAUUUGGCAACGGGGUGAAACGUUAUUUCAUAAACUCAAUUGGUGUGGCAAUGCAAGUGGACGAUCAUACACCUUUGCACAUUUCUGUCAAUCAAACCGAGAAUAGAUUUUGUCUUCGUGCGCGAAAUGAUAAUUUCACAUUCGUCAAUCACCUAACAGAGUAUCCCGAGUUGUCGUAUAAAAUUUGCACAACCGAAGACAUGCGCAGCCUCCAUAUGCUGAUGACUCAACAGAGCCUGUGGGAUGGACUUAAAGAGUCUGAUAUCUACACACUGCAUUCGUUAAUUGAAGAGCCGGUGUGGAAAAUACCCUUCCAAAGCGAAGUGGCAUCGAUAAAUGAAACAACAAUAUACAAUUAUUCGGAGGAUGUGAUUGCAAUGGGCUUUAUGCGUUUGGGCCAUAUUUUGGUAAACGAGUUUUGGCAGAAAAAUAUAGGCGAUUUUAUUGUGGAUCAAGAGCGCUUCCCAACUCUCAAAGACACUAUUGAAGUGCUGCAUCGACGCGGCUUCAAAGUCGUAUUCACAAUACAGCCAUUUAUCAGCACGGACAGUCCAAAUUUCAAAGAUGCCGUCAAAAACAAAUUGCUCAUCUACGAAAGGCACUCAGACCGUAGCAUACCGGCGCUUACACGCUACAAGAGUUCGUCCAGUGCCGGCGUAUUGGACAUAACGAACAAUGCGUCUAUACCAUGGCUAAGAGAAAAACUCGAAAAGUUAAAGGAAGACUAUCAAGUGGAUAGCUUUUAUCUGGACCUGGGCACCAGCUAUAAUUUGCCGCACUACUAUCAGUGCCGCAUCACGCUUGAUAACCCCGAUAUGUAUGCUAAAAUUUUUACCAGCAGUAUGGAAAGUGUUGGUUUCAUUGGUGUUUCCAGCGCAAGUGUCGUACCAAAGCCACCAACAUUCCUAAGUACCCCGCCGAUAAAUUCCUCCUGGGAGGGUUUGCGCGACCUACUGACCAUUGUUUUGAACUAUGGUGUCAAUGGUUAUCCGUUUGUUCUGCCUGGCGCGAUUGGCGGCGAUUAUUUCGUAAACCGAACAUUGAAAAAGAUGGUGUCUUUCUAUUCGUUGGGACAACCGGAACUUGUCGAACAAGACCUUUUUAUACGUUGGAUGCAACUGAUGACUUUCAUGCCGUCCAUGCAGUUUAGCCAUUUACCAUCUGAAUAUAAAAGCGAAUAUAUAACUGACCAGACCAAAGAUUUAAUGUCCAUACGACAAAAAACUGUAGUACCGUUAUUGAAAAAAUAUCUGAGCGAGUCCAUGAAUGAAGGUUUGCCACUUGUACGACCGCUAUGGAUGCUAGAUCCUCAUGACCCAGCUUGUUUAGUUGUUAACGACGAAUUUUCAGUUGGUGAAGAAUUAAUCGUGGCGCCAAUUUUGGAAAAGAAUAUGGAAGAACGUGAAGUUUACUUACCGCAAGGUGUAUGGAAGGAUGGCAUAGAUGGGUCUCUGCGCAAAGGCAGCCGCUGGAUGCACAACUACAAAGUGCCCAAAGAUAAAAUAGCGCAUUUCAUUAAAAUGCCCGACAACACAAGAUUUUAGCUUCAAGAACACCCAGCGCGUGUGGCGACGGGAAUGCACAGCUUGUGUUUGUGUUUUUUAAUAUUAUUAUUAUUUUUCAAUAAAUUACUUCGUUUAACAAUACAAUUACACUCCAACUUAACCAUAAACAUACACACACAUAUUGUAAAAUGUUAGCCAUAAUUUGUAUCUGAAAUACAUAUGUACAUACAUACAUGCAUAGAUUUUAGCAACUUCGAUUUUGUUCAAAACAUUCGUAGACAACGUUUUUUUAUUACUGCUAAGUACAACACAUUCUUAAAACCUAAAAUUAUACAUUUUCAAUAUGAAUAAACAUAAGCCAUAAAUAUG